CACACAUAUGGCGGAUGCCAGAUCCAAGAACAAGAAGUAUAUAUACAUCAGAAAGAUUUACGCCCUCUUUGGCGAUUAAAAUAUAUUUCUACAUAAAAUUUCUUACAGACCUCAUUAAUACUGACAAGAAUUUUAUUAGUGCCUUCUGUACGUUACAAGUAACUCAAAAUGAACUGGAUUCUAUUAAUGUAAUGCCACUCAUAACAUAUCUCGCUGGAUAUUGCGUAUAUAGAUUUCUGAAGACUGUGAAAUGUGAGUAUUGUCGGGAAAACCUUACUUUAGACAAAACUUUGGAAUUGGAUGAAGAAUAUCGUUUCAUACUGAAUAUGGACCGAGGCGGAUUGCUAUGUCCACAACCAGAUGUAAUAACUGUCGUAUCAUAUACCUAUAUUGUAGUAAAAAAAUUAGUAUCUGAAGAACAUGAAGACAAUUUUUUAAAGGUAUGCAAUCAGCGAUCUCUUGCAUGGGCAUUAACGUAUCAAAUUUUAAUAGACAGUGAAUGCAUAACCUAUGACCAAUGUAAUAACGGACACACCUUAGAAAAUAUUCUAAAUUUUGUUAUAAAAGCAUCAUGCAAUACUUUUCUUAAAAACUACUGUAAUCAAAAGAAUGAUGUGCUGAGAAGUACUUUAAGGAAACGAAAGCUUCAAACUCUAGUAAAAUAGAUAAUUUGUGUUCAGUUUAAAUAAGGCCUUAAGUUUAUGUAACUGUUUGGUAAGUUUUAUUUAUGCUUGUAUAAAAUGUUUUAAAUAUUAAUGAAACAUAUAC